GGGCACUUUUAUAGCAAGUUUAGGUGGGACGAUGGACGAAUUGUCCACCAUCCCCUUUCUUCAGUGCAGAAACCCUAAACAUGUCUGUUCUAAAGAAAUUGGCCUUGUUUAACUCUAAAGCUGGAGAUUUUAUUCAGUUGGUGUAGAGUGAGAAGAUGGGAUCGGCACAAUCCAGGAGAUCCAAGAUCAGCAAGGGAAAUGAUAGGCCAAAGUGCUUAAUCGAAGAUAAUGAUAAUGAAAACGGGAGCAAUGAUAAUGAUAAUAAAAUCAGGAGCAAUGAUAAUGAUAAUGAAAUCAGAGGCACUUACGGUUUUUUUUAAUUGGAAUUAAGGGCAUUGUUUUGAAUUUUUUAUAUUUCAUAUACACAUUUUAACAGUCGAAAUAUUUUCUGAUCUAGCGAUGUCUUGUAAUUGCACAGCGCACAGAUGUACGAGUUUCUUUGGUAAGUUUUCACUAGCGCUUUUAUCCAAUUUAUUGUGCAUAGAAAUGUUUGCAAAUUGCCUCCCAGUGGAUCAGACCGACAACACUACAAGUUCACCCACAAGCGAGUCCUCUCAACCCAGAGAGCACGGACAGAAGUUUGAUGUAUUUCUCAGUCACAGCGGUAAGCAGAAAAAUUUCGUUAGGCAGCUACACAGAGACCUCACACAGCAAGGUGUGUCCUGCUUUUUUGAUGAAGAUCGUGAAAGCUUGCCAGUGGGAGAAAAUUUCCCCUCUCGUAUACUGGAGGCCGCUAAGGCAUGCAAAGUAGCAGUUUUACUUCUCUCUAAGGAUUUUCUGAAAUCCAAGUGGCCCAUGAUAGAACUUUCUGCUUUUGUGAAAGCGAGAGACACAACAAAUCCAAAGCUCAUAAUUUUACCCCUUUUCUUCCUGAUUUCACCGGAUUAUCUUAAAAACAUUACAGAAGACAACAAAAAGUGGAGGCAGUUGAAGAUGUCCGAGAAAGAGCGAGCCGAAUGGCACCAGGCUUUGAAAGCAAUACGGCCAAUUACAGGGUUGCUGUUUGCUGAAGGGGGAAAUGAAGUUCAGUUCAGAGAUAAAAUAGUGCGAGAAAUCUGCAAAAUACUUCCAAGACCCUCCCCAGGGUAUCAAGGAAAUUUUUUCUCCAUACAGGCUCCCGGUGAACAGAAAAUUAUGUUAAUUGUGGAUCUUGGCUGCCGGAAUCACACAACAAUGUUCAUCAAGUUGGUUAAAGCAAAAGAAGGGGUAGAUAGUGCUGACGACAACGGAGAUUGUACUGUCACUAUAAUUGGGGCAGUAAACCCUGCGUUUCCCAUUGGAAUUGUGAUGAAAUUUGGGCCACUUGACACUGCGAUUCUCGUUGAUCCCGACUUUUUCAUUGGGAAAAAACUAUUGAAAGUUGGCGCUGCACACUUGCUUGAGUGUGGGGCUCAAGAUAAGAGCUUUUAG